AUGGCCAACCUUUCUGUUCCCGAUCUCGAUGCAGUAGGCAUCAAAGCCGACCCCGAGCUGGCCGAUCAGUUUCGUCGCGAAGUUGCCUCGUUAUUAGGGCGGAACAACCCCAACUUCCCCGGCGCACAACCCGUCAGUUUCUCGAGAAAGCACCUCCUCGAGCUCCAGCGUGAAGACUACUACGUAUGCGAAAAGACAGACGGCAUCCGAUGUCUCAUGUACUUUGCCCGCGGGAACCAGCCAGAAGCGCCCGAGAUUCACUACCUGAUCGACCGCAAGAAUGACUACCGCUAUGUCCCGGGCCUGCACUUCCCGCAGCCGGACGACGAUACCUUCCAGUCGUUCCACGUGGACACCCUGGUCGAUGGCGAGCUGGUCAACGACACAUACGAAGAUGGGACGCAGCAGCUCAAAUAUCUUGUCUUUGACUGUCUGGUGCUGGAUGGACAGAGGCUCAUGCACCGCACGCUGGACAAGCGACUGGCGUACUUCAAGGAGAAGGUGCUCAAGCCGUACAACGCGCUCUACCAGAAAUUUCCGGAGGAGAAACAGCACCGCAUCUUCGCGGUGGAGGACAAGUCGACGCAGUUCAGCUACGGCAUCGAGAUGAUGUUCCGCGAGAUCAUCCCCAAGGUGAAGAAGAUCCACGGCAACGACGGCCUCAUCUUCACCUGCCGCAGCACCCCGUACCGCAUCGGCACCGACGAACAUAUCCUCAAAUGGAAGCCCCCCGCCGAGAACACCAUCGACUUCCGCCUGCGACUCGAGUUCCCCGUCCUUGAGCCGGACACCGACGACGAGGCCGACGGCGUCGUCGAACCCUAUCCGGACUACGACGCCAUCCCCAUCUGCCACCUGUUCGUCAUGCUCAACUCCAACGAGUACCAGCCGUGGGGCCAGAUGUACGUCUCCGAGUCCGACUGGGAGGCCCUCAAGGCCCUGCAGCAGCCUCUCGACGACUCCAUCGUCGAGUGCUUCAAGGACGAGCAGGGUCGCUGGCGCUUCCACCGGCUCCGCGACGACAAGGCCGACGCCAACCACAUCUCAACCGUCGAGAAGGUCCUGGAGAGUAUCGAGGACCGCGUCACCGAGGAUGACCUCAUCCGUCUGGCGCCCGCGAUCAAGGCCGCCUGGAAGAAGCGGCAAGCCCAGGCCGCUGCUGAGGAGGAAGAGCGGCGACGCCGGGCGAGACAGAUGCCACCCAAUGGGAACGGGAAUGGGGUAAAAAGGAAAUUCGAGGAAUAG